AUGGAUAUCAGUUUCGGUCUCAAAAUCUCGCUGGAGACCCCAAUACUCCUAACCUCAAACCCACAAUCACCAAUUGUAUUGCCCCUCACAGUCUUCAUUCAAAAUGAAAACCAAUACCCAGUCACAAUCGUCAAAUGGAAUACCCCACUAGACCCUAUUGCCGGAUCUUUAGAUAUUUUCCAUAUCUGUGAUACAACAAGCGGAGAAACACUGGCAGCCGACACCAUCAAAAUUUCACGGAAGCUCCCCGCCUCACACAAUGACUUGGUGCAGAUUGAUGGUGGACAAACAAUACAAUGCCAGCAUGAUCUUACUGGAUUGAAUUUCCAGAAAGAUCACGAAUACUCUAUUCGCGCCCAGGGAACUUGGCAUGCGGUUUGGAAAUGCCCGCUUGCCGAUGUCACUGCAUCCCAAAUACAAACCUUGACCGGGGAUAAGCGCGGGGAAUUUCAGUCUGAGUUUGCGGUCUUUACGGUCAAAUGA